AUGGAAAUGGCACCUAUUGGAAACGCGACCUCCAUUUCUUACAACUCAAGGGAAAUCAUGGACAACACUUAUGUUGUAAUAUGGAAGUUCAGCAGAGGUCCGGAGAUAAUCUGCGGGUGCUGCGUUUGCUUCGCGGUUCAUGGCACUACAGAGGCAGUCGAGUCGCCGCUUGACGACGAAUUCGUUAGGAAAUGUAUCGCUGAUCCAGUAACCAUAGGGGAGUAUAUCAUAAAGACGGUGUGCGAGUCCGUGCUCCGCCGGGAUGAGAGCGGUGGUACAUGUGGAUACGUGAAUACCGGCGAAGAUAUAGUGACCACUAUCUGUGAGUACGAGCCACGCCGGGAGGGAGAUACUACAGUGGUAUACCCACAGCAGGAGCUCGAGAUGCAGGUAACAUUCGAAUAA